AUGUUAUUUAAAUAAAAUUGCUCAUUGUUUAGAAAGCUAUUAGCUUAGAAAUGUCUAAUGAUGCCAGGAGCAUACAAUGGUAUGGCUGGUAGACAAUGUGCAGAUAAUGGUUUUGAGGCCCUGUACAUUUCAGGUGCUGCUGUGACUGCAUCCAGUGGAGUUCCAGAUAUUGGUAUGGUAACUUUGGAUGGAUUCUGUAAGACAAUCAAGGAUGUGGCUCUAGCUUCAGGAUUACCGAUUCUGGCAGAUGCAGACACAGGAUUCGGAGAAGGAGAAAUGUGUUCUAAAACAGUAUGGGAAUAUUUCAUACAUGGAGCUUCAGGUCUUCAUAUUGAGGAUUAGGUGUUCCCAAAACGUUGUGGACAUUUGGAUGGAAAGGAAUUGGUUCCAUCUGAUGUUAUGGAGAAGAAGAUCUAAAUAGCCAAAAAUGCAAGUAUCUAAUGCAGUGGAGGAGAGUUUGUCAUUUGUGCACGUACUGAUGCUAGAGGAACACAUGGAUUGGAUGAAUGUAUCAAAAGAAGCAAGGCAUAUAUGGAUGCAGGAGCUGAUAUGAUAUUCCCUGAAGGAUUACACACAAAAGAAGAAAUGGCUGUUGUGGCAAAGGAAUUGAAGUCGAAGAAUCCAAACAUUUACUUAUUGGCUAACAUGACAGAAUUUGGAAAGACUCCGUACAUUUCAUUAAAAGAAUUUGAGUAGAUGGGUUAUAAUUGUGUUAUCUAUCCUGUUUCCACAUUAAGAAUUGCCAGUAAAGCUAUUGAUGGAUUUUUGAAGUAAUUGAAGAAGGAUGAGUCUUAGGUUAAUUCAGUUGAAAAUAUGUAAACACGCAAAGAGUUGUAUUCUACUUUGGGUUACACACCUGGUAAGGAAUGGUAUUUUCCAAAUUCAAAGAAGCAAUGA